UAGCGUAAAAAUUGCAAACGUAUCGAAAUUCAGCUCCCUAUAUUAGGCACCUACGCGGUGCGAGCAUUAAAAGCAUAUACCCAUACCAGCAGCGAUGGAGACCCUUUGGCGGAUAUGCUUCCUUGCAACGUUUGCCGUGGUUGCAACGGUAAGCGCGUCGGGUUCUUGGAGCCCGAGUGCCAGGGAAGUAGACGCAGCCAUGGAGAAAGCUCGGGAAUCCUUGCGCGCCAGGAGGCACGCCGAGGCCCACUCAGCGCGCAUGCGCAGAGACGUAGCCGAAGCGGGCCGUGCAGCGGGCUGUCCGAUGGCGUCUAUGCGCCACCAGCACAGCCGGCGGGCGACCACGGAAGCAGUCGAGCUCGCCGAAGUGGCGCGGCUCUUCGAGGAGACAACCAAGGAGCUCCUGAGGAGCUACAGCGACUCGGAGUCCUGGACAGAGGUCGAGAUCGCAAGGCUGGAGGCGGCAGACAUCGACUCGACAGCCCUUUCCGGCUACUGCCCGCUGACCAACGUCACGUGUAACUCGACGAGGAAAUACCGCGAAGCCGACGGGAAGUGCAACAACCUUCAAAACCCUGGAUGGGGUUCAGCGGCUUCUUGCAUGAACCGCUUGCUUCCUGCUGAUUAUCAGGAUGGUGUCAGUUCACCUCGAGUGGCAGCCGAUGGCAGUGCGCUACCCAACGCACGGAAGAUCUCGUACACAGUUCACCCGAACGUAAGCAACCCGGCCACCAACAUCACGCACAUGGUGAUGCAGCUGGGACAGUUCAUCGACCACGACUUCGCCUUGGCGCCCCUCAUGCCCGAUCCAGGGGAGAUCGUCAACCUCGGAAAUCCCAACAACGUCAUCGACUGCUGCUCUCCAGGGAGACGCAACGCAUCAAACUGUUUCUCCAUCGACAUCCCGUCGGACGACCCGUUCUUCGCUGCUUUCAAUCAGGUUUGCAUGAACCUUCCCCGCUCAGCUCCAUGCACACGUUGCACACUGGGACAGAGGCAACAGCAGGACAUACUGACGUCCUACAUAGACACUUCUCAAGUAUACGGGAGCUCGGCGGCAGACACGCUUAGGCUUCGCACGAUGAGCCACGGCUUUAUGAAGAACCAAUAUGACCUUUUCGCGGGGGAGCUGCUUCCCCGGAGCUUCCACGUCAACGAGGACCGCUGCAGCAAUCCAUCAAAGGGCCAGUACUGUUUCAGGGCAGGUGAUGAGCGUGUCAACGAGCACCCAGGAUUGACGGCCAUACACACUACGUUUCUGCGCCAGCACAACCGCAUUGCGCGUUGGCUGGGUCUGCUCAACCUCCGGCUUAGUGAUGAGGAGCUAUUCCAGAGGACCAAGCGGAUCGUGGAGUGCCAGUUCCAGCACAUCGUGUACUCGGAGUGGCUGCCCAUCGUCGUGGGCCCUCAGACGAUGACUCGCUUCGGACUGACGCCCCGAUCCAGUGGCUUCACCACGUACAACGCCAGCGUGGACGCGACCAUGCUGAACGAGUUUGCUGCGGCCGCGUUCCGCCUGGGGCACACACUCAUCGACGGAACCUUCGACGCCAAAUAUCUUUUGGGCGGAACCACCUUCGAACUGCAGGACAACUAUUUCUUCCCGUUCGAGUUCUACGAUGGCUUCCUCGAGCCAGUCCUCCGGGGCCUUAUGCAACAGCGUGCACAGGCGUUCGACAGAGACGUGACCGAUGGCGUAACCAACCACCUGUACCGAUUGCGUAACGAAAGCUUCGGCCUAGACCUCGUCGCGCUCAACCUGCAGCGCGCUCGGGAACACGGCGUUCGGCCUUACGUGGAUUACUUCUACUUUUGCACGGGUGUCAACCUGACGUCGUUCGACGCGCUCAAGCAGUACAUGGACAACGACUCCGUCGAGAAGUACAAAGUAUUGUACAAAGACGUGCGGGACAUUGACCUCUUCACAGCCGGCAUAUCGGAGUUCUCCGUGCCGGGCGGCAUAGUGGGGCCUACGUUCUCCUGCAUACUGGGCCACAUGUUCCAGCGGGUGAAGUACGGUGACCGCUUUUACUACGAGCACGGAGGACAGGCUGGAUCGCUUACGUCAGCUCAACUUGAUGAGAUCCGACAAAUAUCCUUCGCCAAGGUCAUCUGCGAGAAUACGGGCGUGCUCGUCGUCACCCCCAACGUGUUUCGACCCAGUGGUGUCGGAAAUCAGCAGACGGCGUGUUUCUUCCUCCCAGACACGAACUAUGCGCUAUGGGCGUGAACACUGACUGAAUACUAUUGGAGAACAACACGAAGUGGAGUAUGAUGAAUCAAUAAAUGUUGUUUUAUAAACGAUGAAA